CCAACCUGGAAGACAAGUCUAUGGGAUUUUUGUAUUAAUAACUUUUUACAGUUUUUUUAUUUAGAAAAAAGAAGCACUACUGAGAUCUGAGAACUACAAUGGCUCCUUUCACUGAAGCACAAAGAUUUUCUCCUGCAAAGCUAUUCUGUGCGACUCUGGCUGUUUGGCUGUGUUUUGGGGGUGAUAUUGAAGCCUCUGUGCUCAACCUGAAGGGUUUCGUUGGCUGUGCCGUGCGAGAAUUCACAUUUCUGGCCCGUAAGCCAGGCUGCGGCGGGCUGCACAUCACCACUGAUGCCUGCUGGGGGCGCUGUGAGACUUGGGAAAAGCCCAUUCUAGACCCGCCCUUCAUCGAGUCAUACCAGCGUGUGUGUACCUAUAAUGAGACCCGAUUAGUGACGGUACAGCUGCCGAACUGCUCGGCCCAGGUGGACCCAUCCUACACCUAUCCAGUGGCCCUCCGAUGUGACUGCGGAGUCUGUCUCACCAGCACCACUGAAUGCAUCACUUCUGUCUGAGAGAGAGAGAGAGAGAGAGAGAGAGAGAGAGAGAGAGAGAGAGAGAGAGAGAGAGAGAGAGAUACCUUCAUAUCAUGCUUGUUUUAAUUUCUUUCCUUUGUUUUGUGCAUAGAGCAAAAUAUCAUUAAACUUCUGACAGCA